AUGUGUGAGAGAACAUGGGCGUGUCUUCCAAUCACGGCACUAGCAUACGUUUCCCAGCCACAUCAAGACCUCCUCUUGUCAGGUCAGGGAUCCACCAUCAAGGUUGAAUCCGUCACGCGAAAAGAUCUCUUAGCACGAGAGCAGGUAUUCGACUUCCAGAGCAUUCAUGGCAUCACGGCUCACGAUGAUGGGGAGAGUCAAAGCAAGAUCACGUCCGUUUUUCUUCUGAUAUGGGGAGGACGCCGCCUGGCUCUCGGCAGGAUUGAUCUCACAUCCACUGGGUUAGAGGAACGAUUUGACAGUCCGCCAUUAAAAAUUGGGCACGAAGUCGAAGCCGCUGACUGGAUCCUAGAUGCCAGUUUUGCUAAUUUUACAACAACCUCGCCAUUUAUCGCGUACUUGGUCACUGCGCAUAACGAUGUCUGUGCCUUGACUUUGGAUUCUCCGUCUGAUCUUAGUGUCAAGGUCUGUCAAGUGGCAAGUGGCCUCAGUUCCAUAUUAUACUCUGCUCACAUCAAGCCAACCUCCAGCACUACCAUCCUCGUGGCUGCUGGUACAGUCUUUGGUCAAGUCAUUGUCUGGUCAUGCUACCACCCCUUUGUUGGCAUAUCUGUGGCUGAGACGGGAUGGCAAAGCCAUACUUCUAACAUAUUCCACGGUCAUGAUGGCUCCAUUUUUGGUGUGUCUCUUUCCAACGGUGUGGAUGUGUUAGGGGAUUGCUACCCUAGAAGAUUUCUCGCAAGCUGUAGCGACGACAGAACCAUUCGUAUCUGGGAUGUAGGUAAUUGCGAUUGUGCCGCUGAAUCUAGUCCGGAUGCACAAGGCCAGAAGCACAAGGAUAUACUACAGAUAGGGUUGGGAAGCACUGAAAAUGCUAGCCUUGCUACUACUUGGGGCCACGCAUCAAGAAUCUGGGGGUUGGAAUUCAUCCCUAUGAAUAAUUCAUCUUCAGUCAGCAAAUUGCGACUCAUCUCAAGAGGCGAGGACGCAACAUGUCAAGUGUGGGACAUAUCCCAUGAGGCGCAUACUGCUCUUGCUGAGAGGGCCGACCUUCGAGGACAGCCAUUCCGACUCAGCCACACCAGCACUGAUCAUUAUCAUUCUGGAAAGCACAUCUGGUCUCAUACACACCACUUUAGGGAUGUUCGCUCAGCCAUCUUCACGGGUGGAGGCGAUGGAAGAAUCAUAGCCCGUAUGAUCCCCACCCUAGGAGCGAGUUCUCCAUAUUUCAGCAUAACGACUCCAUUCUGCAGUCUCUUCGAGACCAUCGAGCCCAAAAACGGCGGAAGUAAUUCUCACGGGAUUCAUGAUUCAGUCAAGCAAUACGUCUUCGCCUCAGACACUGUCAUUCUCGCCACAACAAACGGUGACCAUGUGAUGAGAGGUGUUAUAGAAGUAGGUGAGCACAGCUUCGAUCAAUAUCUGAGUAUUAGUUGGACAUGUCUUUGCAAUGCUACAGAAUUCGGAACAGUUGACCUGAUGACCGGCGACGCGCUGGGGAAUGUUGUCUACCUUGGUGGCGCGACCGGUAAGAUCUGGAUAUACCAGCAUGGAUUGCAUUCAAUCCAGUUCUUGACUACCACUGAUUGGAAAAUCUCAAAUAUCUUUGCGGGUGUAUGCACAAUUGGUGAUGAUGGCAUUGUUGUUCGGCAUCUCUUUGUUUGCUCGACGAUCCCAAUGUGUGCGAAAGUGUUGCAAAUCACCCAAUCAAGUGGUGGACUCGUAAGUAUAGGAGUUUCUCGAACUGUCGAUAUCAGCCUACCUCCAACAUUUCAGCCAACAGCCUUUCUGGACGGAUCAGCUGGCAGCAUUCUUGUGCUGGGUUCUCGUUCGGGAGCGUUCGCCGUCUACCAUGAUGUCUUCCGUGCAAGUGGAACGGGCGAGCAGAUUGCUCCGAAUGUCUGUAUCCGCCAUGUUCAUGGCUCGGACAGCGUAACUUCUCUACAAUACCUUCCGGCCAUAACCCCUAGCAAACACAAAAAUUCACAAUUUGACGUCCUGUCCACGGGCAGAGACGGAGCCUAUGCCAUUCAUAGAGUCACAUUAGAGAAUACUGGUGAGUGCACCACACAUAUUAAUCUUACCACCCUUCACAGAUCUUGUCCGCCAUUUGGUCCAAAUAUCGAAGGAGCCAGUAUCAUGGCAAGCUCAGGUGGCACGGAGCUAUCCCUUCACGGUUUCUCUGGGAAGAAUUUUGUGGUUUGGAAUGAAUCAACAGAUAGCGAGAUGAUGAGCAUUCCAUGCGGAGGGGCACAUCGAAGAUGGGCAUACCACAUGAGCGGAACUAGUGAGCAGCUGAGGACUACAAGUCAAAGCAGGUGCUUCGCGUGGACGAAAGCCGGAGUGUUCAAUUUGGUCAAAGCCAGCUCGCCUGCUCAUGAGGUUUUUCAACCCGGUGGCCAUGGCCGGGAAAUCAAGGCGAUGGCUUUGUGUAAGAGGCGUCUGAACGAAGGUUGGUCUGGGGCUUCUACCGGGCGCCUGAUCGCAACUGGAGCAGAGGAUACCGCAAUUCGUCUUUGGUCAAUUACAAAUACUGGGAAGCAUGGUCACACUGGGGUUCAAGGCACAGAUUCUCGAGACGCCAUUUCUUGCACCCAGAUCUUGAAGAAGCAUACCACUGGCAUUCAGCAUCUGUCCUUCUGCAAAGACUUUCUGUUUAGCAGUGCCGGUUGUGAAGAGCUCUACAUCUGGAAGAUCAAUUUUGGUGUUAGCCUAGUAGGCAUUGGGACCGUCUUUCAAGCUGCACUCCCAAAGCAUGCACCAGCUUCGGACCUCAGAAUAACCAACUUUGAGGUCGUUUUCGUUUCUGGACGCUAUAAAGAUGACUCGAGCUGCGGCAUUGGCUACUUUCUCAUUCAUGUAGCAUACUCCAACUCCAUGAUCAGGGUCUUCAAGUACACUAACGACCAGACCUCGUCCCCCGAAAACCGCUUUCAGCUGCUUGGCCAAGGCUUCUACAAUACGACCUGUCUCACUAGUAUAUCUGGACUUAUAGGAUGCUUACCCUGGUUCUUAGCAGCAAGUACGAAUGGGGCAGUCACCAUCUGGCCAGAUCUUGACCAUCGCAGGAAGACCCAGGAUAGCCCUUCCCUUCUAUCUCGGACAACAGAGCACUUUAUUCACCAGAAUGCAAUCCUUGCGCUUCACACUGUCAGCGUUGCACCGAAUCACCACCUAUUGCUCACAGGUGGCGAUGACAAUGCUUUUGGAAUAACUCUGAUCCGUGAAGGCGCUCUUGGAUCGGUGUUGCACAGCAACUCGAAUGAUGACAACAACACAUCACCACUGCCAAGAUUUCGCACGCUCCUCAUCCCAAAGGCUCACGUUGCAGCCAUAACCGCUCUCGAGAUCCUUGAUUCCAGGAGGCAAGCCGGUCUGCUAGUCCUUACGGUGAUCAGCACAGGCAACGACCAGCGGGUCAAGAUCUGGCGUAUCACUGUGGAUGUUGACCAGCUCCCCCGUGCUGACCACAGCACAAGCAUGGGCGCAGAUCUAUUCGGACCAGAAGUUCUUGAGGCAAUCGAUGUUCAGCUGGUCCGGGAGGUGUGGACAGAUGUCGCAGAUGCGAGCAGCGUGGUCGUCAUACCUGACGCAGACGCCACAGUAGAUAGAACGGGAAAUUUAGACUUGGCGGAAGUUGAGUACAGCAGAUGGAGCAAGCGCCUGUUGAUUGCCGGGAUUGGUAUGGAGAUGAUCAGGAUAGAUCUUGUAGACGAAGGUGAGGAAGCUUGA